AAAGUGUUACACCCAAAGAUCGUAUGUAUGUGUUUUUGCGAAAGAUGAUUACCUCAUCGAGCGUAAUACUACCAGAAGAUUGUGGAGUUGCUGCUGCAUUUUGUAGUUGUUGGAGUCUAAUUUUAAAGGUUGAUGUAUUGAACUCUGGGUGA